ACCGCAUCGCUCCUUGUACCGAGUCAUUCAUUCGCAGUCGGCGUGACUGAAUUGUCCAUAAUGGCUGGCCCAAGCAAAUCACUUGUCCUCGAUCCUGCCUUGCAGAAAUACUACGAACUCAACGCAAACCGGUACAAAUACUUCCGCUGGACACCACGAAAUGCGUGGUUGACUCUCUUGUACGCCGGCAUUAUCCCGGGAAUUAUCGGAUACGUGGCAAUCAAGACGGAAGGAAAAUACGAAUUCCGUGGGAAGCGAAGGGGAGACACGCUUGCUGAAUAUUAAAGGUUCAGAUAUGCUUGUCUUGUGAGGUGGAGCUGAAGAAGAAUUUUAGACAUGGGGGUAUCAGGCAGGUUAUUCUGUGAGAUGCGAUGUGCGUUUGACAAGAAAGGCCAACCCAUGCAUACAACUGCGAUAUGAACGAACAUGUUGAAAGUUGGCUAUAUUCCGCUAUCGUCAGAUAGCUCCGCUUACCUCGAUUUCUUGAAAUCGCGGAGUUUUGUGUAUAUACUAUACUAGCGAGGAUUAUUUCAUUUAUUUGUUCCAAUACUUUACA